CUAUCUGCGAGACAUUCAGCUGAAGUUGUGAAAACUUGAAGGUAAUUAUGUUUCUGUAUUUUCUGUGUGAGGUUGGAGGUGAUUUUGCUGAUAAUUUGGAAAAGCUGCAGCUGAACAAGUCUUUAUAUUUUUCUAUUCAACAGUUGUGAUCACUGUAACCAUGCUGAAGCUAGUACUUGUGCUUGGAUGCCUCUUGAGCCUGGCUCUGGCUCAGCCUAUGGACAGGGAGCACAAACGACUUGCUCGGUCAAGAUCUGACUCUGACUCCGGCUCAGAUUCAAAUGAGGGUUCCAACAACAAUAAUGUUAACGCCCAGUUGACCCAGAUAAUUAUUGACCUAAUCAAACAGCUGAGUACAACUACAACUGCAGCGACAACUACAACUGCAGCGACAACUACAACUGCAGCGACAACUACAACUGCAGCUACAACUACAAUUGCCACCACCGCUGCCCCUGCUACUACUCCAGCUCCUUAA